UCUAAAUAUACGACUCACAGAAUCCUCACCGACAAUAAACUGGAUUCCGUUCAUCCGAAAGCUCUCUCCGGGAAUCUGCAAUUAAAACGAUUAGUUCUGCAAAGCUGUGGUUUGAAAGACAUUCCAACGGAAGCACUCCAUCCUCUAACUAAACUUGGCACUUUAAAUCUCGGCAGCAAUCUUAUUACGUCGAUUCCGGUAGACGCUUUUCCGGGCAUGGAAAAUCUAGUUGUAUUGUUGCUGAAACGUAACCAGAUCAAAGAAAUCGCACCGGAGGCUUUCGUAAACCUAACGUCUCUCCGAGUUUUAGAGCUAGACGACAACGCUCUAAUGGAAAUUCCAUCCGCUUUAACGAAGCUACCGUCGCUUCAGGAGUUAUCAAUAUCUGGAAACCGUAUAAAAUUCAUACCGGGCGGCCUCCUACAAAAAAGUCCAGGCCUCGCCGUUUUAGAGCUGAAAGGAAAUCCGCUUGUACAAGUCGACUCCAACGCAUUCUCCUACCUUCCACGGCUACGAAACCUUAUCCUCUCCGAAGCACGCGGACUAUCAACUUUUCCGGUACUUAACGGUACCACGUCUCUGGAAGUACUGCGUUUAGACAGGGCUGGGAUCUCAUCAGUUCCGUCUUCUCUCUGUUACACAUGUCCGCGAUUAAGAAGCUUAGACUUGAAGUCGAACAAGUUGACGUCGAUUCCUGACUUGAACAACUGCAAGGAAAUACGGGUUUUAGAUUUAGCCAGCAAUAGAAUCAAGUCAGUCGAGGAACGGCCAUUUCACGGAAUGACGAAAAUGCAUGACCUUCUCCUGGCGCACAACGAGAUCGAGUAUGUUCCGAACGACGCCUUCUUCGGACUGUCCAGGCUGCAAUUUUUGGACAUGGAAAGCAACCACGUCUCCUACAUCCAUCCAGACGCGUUUCUAGCAAUUUCACACAUCGAAGACCUAAAUCUGGGAAAUAACAUAUUCCCUCAUCUCCCAACAGCCGGCUUGGAACGCCUGAGGCACUUGAAGACCUUCAACAAUCCGCACCUUCGCGAUUUUCCGUCUCCCGAAAAUUUUCCAAGAAUUCAAUCCCUAGUCCUGUCCUACGCCUACCACUGCUGCGCGUUUAUACCGCUAAUUCCCUCUAAUCCACCGCCGCCUGCGAAGGUGAAGGAUAUCGUGCUGUUUCCCGGAGACGAUGAAGACAUCGAUUUGACCUUCUGGAACUCGAGCGGAACGGACUUGUGGCCUCAAAAUCAGAACAUCAGUCACAAGUUAGGGAAGACGUUUCGAGAGUUUUGGGACCAUAUUGGGGGGUCCGAUUUUACCUACCCUGGAAAUUUUCCAUCGUACAUGGAAGAGUACUCGGAAGAAGACGUGUUAAAGGUACCAAACAGCGAUAUCCCACCGGGAAAGAUUCAAUGUCUCCCCCUACCCGGACCGUUCCUUCCAUGUCAAGAUCUUUUUGACUGGUGGACGUUGCGGUGUGGCGUGUGGCUUGUGUUUCUAUGCGCAAUGUUGGGGAAUGGUACCGUCGUCUUUGUGCUGGUGUUCUCGAGGAGUAAGAUGGAUGUACCACGAUUUCUUGUCUGCAAUUUGGCCGCAGCGGAUUUUUUUAUGGGAAUUUACUUGGGUAGGUCUCCAUCCCACGGUCCUUGUGAAAAUUUGCAAUAUUUAUUUUGAACACCUUGACACAUUGAUUUUUACUCAUUCGGUUCUAAUCUGUACGCCCACUGCCACGUUUUGUGUGUCAUUAUUACCCGAGUUACA